AUGAAUAGGGUCCAGGAAGACAUUCAGCUUCUAAAAGAUCAGGAGAUGAUUAAAAACUAUAAUGUCAAUGAAAACAUAGAAAUAAUCCAAGAGGUGCAAAAUGCAAUUUCCUUUCUCAAAGUAGAAGUAUGGAGGAGAGAUAUUGAGAUUAGCAAAUACUUAAAAGUGAAGAGAGACCUAGAAGAAGAAAUCUGCUUCCUCAAUGUGGCGUUGUGCAGACGAGAUGCAGAGAUAUAUAAAAAUGUACAAAUAAACCAACAGCUUCAAGACAUAAUAUGUGAUUUUAAAGAAUUACAGGUAGGAACAGAAGUCAAUAUCAAUGAAAAUGUAAGAAUGGUCAGUAAAAUGCAAAAUUCCUCCAGUUUUCUGAAUGAUGACUCAUGGUGGAAUGACAUUAGAGAUGCCGAUUCUGUGAAGCUGAGUAGAGAAGUUGAAGAGGAAAUGUGCUUCCUUAACAUUGAAGUACGCAGAAGAGAUGUUGAGAUGCAUGAAAAUUUCAAAAUGAUCCAGGAACUCCAAGAGGCGAAUCGUAUCCUCAAAAGGCAGAAACUGAGGCGAGACAUUGAGAUCACUGAAAAUAUGAAAAUGAUCCAGAUGCUCCAGGAGGAAAUUUGUCUCCUCAAUGAGCAAGCUCACACUAAGGAAGCAGAGAUUAGGGAGAAUAUAAUGAUGAACCUUAAACUGCAGGAUGAAAUUUCUUUUCUGAAGGAUAACAAGCAGAUGGGCGAUGCUGGGAUUAUUGAAAAUGCAAAGAUGAACCAUGAGCUGGAAAAAGAAUUCUUCCUCCUGAAAACUCCAAUGCCAUGGAGGGACAGCAUUGACAUUAAUAAACAUGUGAGUAUAAUAACCAAACUACAAGAAGAACUCUGCCUCCUCAAAGAGCAAGGCCAAAGGAGAGAAGCUGAGUUGAUAGAAAAUAUAAAGACUAUCCAAGACUUACAAAAUGCAAUUUGGUUCCUCAACGUGGAUCUAUGGAAAAAGGAGUCUGAAAUCAGUGAAAAUAUGAAAUUGAACAAAGAGCUGGAGGAAGAGAUUUGCUUCCUAAAUGUGGAAGUGUGCAGAAGGGAUGUGGAGAUCCAAGAAGCUGCAAAAUCCAAUCAAGAGUUGGAGGAGGAAAAUGAUGCUCUGAAGGAGCAGGGAAUGAAACAGAUCAGUGAAGGCAGUGAAAACGCGACGAGCAGUCAAGAGUUUCAAAGUGCAGCCUGCUUCCUCAAAGGGUUAGUGCAAAACCAGGAAACAGAAACAAGGAAGAAUGUGAAAAAGGAAGUGCCAGAAGAAAUUCAGUUUCUCAAGGGAAAGAAACCAUUUAAAGAAAAUAAAAUCCAUGACAAUGUAGAAAUGAAUUGUGAUCUACAAGAAAAUAUCUAUGGCCUUAAGGAGCAGGAGUGGAGGACAGAUAAGAAGUUUAAUGAAGAAAUAAUAAGAAUCCUAGAACUUCAGAAAGAAAUUUCCCAAUUCAGUGAGCAGAUACAAAAAAGAGAGGUUGAGAUUGCAGAUACAGGAAAGAUUCAACCCCAGCUUCAAAAUGACAAGUUCAUUUUUAAAGAAGAGGACCACAGGUGGGUCAUGGACAUAGCUGAAAAUGAAGAGGGAAGACCAAAUCAAAAAACUGAAGCGGGGGCGCAGAAAGGCCAGAUGAUUCGAGAAUUAAAAAGCGCAAUCCGCUUCCUCAAUGUGGAGUUAUCAAGGCGAGAGACAAAAAUUCAGAAAAAUGUAAACCGGGCAAAGUCCAUGAAAAAGCAUGCCUUCAAGCGAUUGGGAAUAAACAGAGAUAGUAGGAACAGUGACAAUGAGGAAGUGGAUAGAGAGUUCAAAGGUGAAAUGUGCCUCUUUGGAGAUCCAAACCGUCAAGGAAAUAAGAAAUUUGACCAAGAGUCAAACGUGGAUUUAGAACUUCAGAAACUCCUUGGUGAGCAGGUCUUGAACAGCGAGGUGGAGGUCAAUGAAAGUAUGAAAAUGAAUCUUGACUUUCAAGAGGAAAUAGGAUUCCUUAAUGAACAAGUGAGAAGUGGAGAAAUUGAAAUCAAUGAAAAUGUAAAGGCGGAUGUUGACCAGCAGGAGGAAAUUUGUGUCUUCAGUGAGUAUGAGCAGAGCAAAGAUGUUAGUAUUAAUGAAAAUAUAAAGACAAUCCAACAGAUACAAAAUGUAAUUGGCUACCUGAGUCUGGAGUUGAAGAGGAGAGAUGCUGAGAUCAACAAAUGUUUAGAAAAGAACCGGAAGUUAGAUGAACAAAUUUGCUUUUUGAAUGUGGAGGUGUGCAAGAGAGAUGGCGCCAUUUAUCAACAUGCCACAAUCAUCCAAGAUUUGCAAAAACAAAAUCAGUUUCUCAAGUGGCAGGAGCUGAGAAGGGGGACUGAGGCCAGUGAAAAUGCAAAGAUGAAGCAAGCCCUAGAGAAAGAGAUUAACCUUCUCAACCAGGAAGUGCAGUGCAUUGAAGCAGAGGUUGGGGGGCACAAAAAAACUAAUCUAGAGCUUCAAGAAGAAAUCUGUUUCCUGAAGAAUCAGAAGCCAGCAGUAAAUAUAGAAUCCAAUGAAAACAGAAAUGCAACCCAAGAGCAGCUAGAAACCUGCAAAGUCAAUGAACAAAUUAUGUGGACCAGCGCAGACAUUAAUGAAAACAGAUCAAUAAUUCAAGGGCUUCAAGAAGAAAUCCACAAUUUAAAACAGCAGGAGCAGAAGAGAGAAGUUGAAUUAAGGGAAAUUGUAAAGAUGAAUCAAGAUCUUCAAAGGGAAAUUCAGGCCAUCAGAGAGCUUCAAAGUUCAACCUGCUUCCUAAAUGUAGAAGUAUGUUCGGCAGACACUGAGAUCAGAGAAUCGCUUAUCACGAAUCACAAAAAAGAAGACAAAAAUAAUACCCUUGAUGAGUGGGAGCUGAGGAUAGACUCUAAAAUUGAUCAAGAAAGGAAGAAGAUUCAGAAGCUACAAGAAGAGAUUUGCUCACUUGGUGAACAGGUAUGGGAAAAAAAGUUGCAGAUCAUAGAAAUUUUAAAGAUGAAUCCAGGGCUGCGAAAUGAAUGCAAUGUAAAAGAAGACCACAUUCUGAGUAGAGAUGCAGUUGUUAGUGAAAUUUUCAAAAUUAAAUCAUUAUCACUAGAUGAAAUGUACAUCUUUCAAGGGAAGAAGAUUCAAGAAGCAUCAAGUCCAGGUUGCUUCAUCAGUGUUAAACUGUGCCAAAAAAACAAUGAGAUUGAUGAAAAAGCUAAGAUGAAUCUGGAAAUGCAAGUAGAAUCUUGUGUCGUCAAAGACCCAGGACAGAAGGGAGCAAAUGAGCUUGCUGAAAAGGCGAAGAUUAAUCGUAUGUUAAAAGAAAGAAUGAUUUUACUGAAAGAGGAAUUGUGGUGCAUAGAAGCACAGAUGAGACUUAAUGAAAAAAUGGACCAAGAUCCUGUGAUAGACACUCUUUUGUCUAAGAAGGAAGAGCAGGAGAGAGAUAAAGCACUCAAGAAGAAAGCACAAGUGACUCCUCUCAGAAUACAAAACCUGCAGAAGGAAAGUAAGACAGGAGAUGAUGAGAGCAUUACCCAAGAAAAUCAAGCAGAGCAGGACUCCACAAAUGACCAAGAGUGGAGCUUGGAAGUGGAGACUGGUGAAAAGGUAAAGAGGAUCAUCGAGAAUAAAGGAGACACGUGUUUGCCAAAAGGACAGGCUCCUAGAGAAAAUAUAAUGGAUACUGCAUGGCUGAUUGAAGAUGUUAUGCUGAGCAGUGAAAAGCAAAAUAAAAGCAAGGAUGUCCAAGAACAUGGUAGGAUGUUUCGACCGAGGGAAGAGGACUGUCUCUAUCUAAAACAGCAAGAUCAAAAUAGAAUGGCCAAGACACAGGAAAUGGCCAAAGAAGAUGCUGAGGUUGGUGAAAAAAUAAAGAUAAUUCAAGAGCUGCAAAAUGCAAUUUGGUUACUCAGGGGUAUGGUGUGGAAAAGAGACAUUGAGCUCCAAGAAAAUGGUAAGAUGCAUAGAGCACUUGAAGAGGAAAUCUGUUUCCUCAAUCUGGAGUUGUGCAGGCAAAAUGCUGAGGUCCACAAAAAUGUAAAUGUGCAUGAGGAGCUGCAGGAGGAGAACUGUGUUCUGAAGGAGCAGGAGCUGAUGAGGAACACUGAGACAAAUGACAAUGUGAAGCGGAUUCGGGAGCUGCAAGAGGAAAUCUGCCUUCUCAAGGAGCAGAAGCCAUUUGGUGGUUCAAAAAGAAUAGAGCAUGUCAAGAUGAUUCAAGGUAAAAUUUGCCUUCUCAGAAAUCAGCAGAGAAAGGUAGAUGCCAACAACAGUGAAAUUCAUGAUCUACAGAAGGAAAUCUGCUUCCUUAUUAAGGAAUUAUGGAGAAGAGACACGGAGAUCGCCAGUAUGCGACAGGCGAUCCAGGAGUUGCAGGAAGAAAUCUUCUUCUUGAGGCAGCAUAUAUGGAGGAGAGAGGUAGAGAUUAGGGACAACAGGCAACUGAUUCGAGAGAUGCAGGAAGAAAUUCACUUUUUGAGAGAGCAUCUGUGGACUCAGGAUACUGAGCAACAAAUUCAGGCAAAGCAAGAAGAAAUUCACUCUUUCAGGGAACGCAGUUCAAGGAGAGAGUGGGUGCAAAACACAGAAGGACAAGCAGCUGGUCAAAAAUCUCCUAAGGGAAAGGCACUAACACUAACAGAGGGCACUAUGGAGAACUGUGGAUAA